UCCUACUUCCGUAAAUACACGCAUCAGGUUGUAUUGAUUCAUCCAGACGAAAACGCUUGGGCUGCUACUUUUAUUAUACGUGGCGAAUUGCAGCUUUGUAAAAAUAAAGUUUAAGCGGGCGCUAAGUGCUUUAACGAACCCAGCAGAAGAUGCCAAAGGAAUCUGAUGAGUCCUCCAAAGAGGAGCAGAGCAAGAUUAACGUGGAUGGGAAAGAGAACACUGUGGAACCAUCAGAAGAGAUGAUCCGGAAGAGGAUCCGAAGAAAUACUCCCAGUCCUCACAGACUCACCCCCCAGUCCAGUCCACCCAGAUUUGUCUCAGUGGAAGAGCUUAUGGAGACAGCCAAAGGAGUCACUAAUCUGGCACUGGCCCAUGAGAUAGUGAUGAACAGUGCUUUCCAAGUCAAGCCUUAUGAGCCAGAAGAGGGAAGUUUGGAGAAACAGGUCAAGGAAAUUAUGCAUAAAGCAUUCUGGGAUUGCCUUGAGUCACAGCUGAAAGAGGACCCACCAUCUUACAGUCAUGCUGUCACACUGGUUGGUGAAAUUAAAGAGACCCUGCUGUCUUUUCUGUUGCCAGGACAGAGCCGACUGAGAGGGCAAAUUGAAGAGACUCUGGACCUCGCAUUGAUCCAGCAGGAGGCUGAAAACGAAGCUCUUGAUAUCAGUAAAGUAGCCCGGUUUAUAAUUGACAUGAUGGGCACCUUUUGCGCACCCUGCCGUGAUGAAGACAUCAGACAGCUGCGGCAAAUCCCUGACAUCGUGCCACUUUUUAAGGCAAUAUUUGCAGUGCUAGACAAAAUGAAGAUCGACAUGGCCAACUUUGCUGUGAGCAGCCUGCGACCUCACCUCUUGCAGCAGUCGGUGGAAUACGAGCGGAAGAAAUUUCACGAGUUCCUUGAAAAACAACCCAAUGCUUUGGAUUUCACGAAGAAGUGGCUCCAAGACACGUCAGAUUGUUCAACCGGUGGAGAAACGGAGGGUGGAGCAACAUCUACAACAGUUUCUACUCAACUCCACAAUCUUGCCUAUUUACGCCUGUUAAAAUGGGACCAUGAUGCAGAGUCUUUCCCAGAGACUCUUCUCUUGGAUCAGUGCAGAUUUCAGGAGAUGCAACAGCAGCUGGAGCAGCUGGCACUAGUGGCAUCAAUCCUGCUCAUAGUGUAUAACAGUGCUGGGGAGGCCAUUUCUGGACUCCCGGGACUCAAUGAAAGACUGAAGAAAACUAUUAAGAUUCUGUUAGCAGAAAUGCACACGCCGUCCUUCAAAGCAGAUGAAACCUUCGCUGCUGUUGCAGAGAAAUUGUGUUUAGAGCUCAGAGGAUGCUUGUCUCAGCAUGGCUUUUCCCCAUUUCCCUCAGACAGAGAGAACACAUUGAAAGGCCAAAUUGCAGCAGCAAAGUCUGCGGACAACCCCAUCCGCAAGGUCAUUGACUCCCGGAUCCAGGCGUACCUUCUUGGCUUCCUGGAGUCAAGCGCCCACCGGAGCGCCCCAGCUCUCCCCGGAGGUCUGACGCCCAUCAGCAAAGAGUUAGAGGAGAUUGCCGUCAAACUGGAACGUUUGGUGACCUUCAAUAAGCUAGUUUACUCUCCGUUCUAUCAGAAGAUCCUCCAAGACAUUCUGAAACAAAGGGAAGGUUUAGAUGUGUGAACAAAACACAUGAAAUACUUGGCACUAGUCAUCCCGGCUUUCACAUUUUGUAGCUAAAUAUACGGAUUAUAGCGUCUAUAAACUUGCUAAUUUACCCCUCAAAGCUCACAUGCUAGCACUUAUGGAUAUUUAAGAAUUAACACUCCUAAGGUCCUCUCAUUGCAUUGCGUUGUAUAUCAGGGAAUAUUUGUGAAUGUAUCAAGGUUUUUGAUUUGCCUAAAGCUUGGAUGACUGAUAGAAUAGUGAACUGUAAUGUAAGAGAGGAGAACCUUGUGAAUGCUGUUAGUGUGCAACAAAAUAUUUAAAAAAAAA